AUGGCGGAGGCGGCCGAGGGGGACGGCGGCGACAGCGGCCACGUCUCGCAGAGCCCCAGCAGCGCCUCGGGGCUCGGCGGGCAGGGCGAUGCGGACGGCGGCGCCCUGGAGGCGACGCUCAGCGCCGCCGCCGCCGCCUACGCCGCCUACCUGCUGCCCGACCGCGCCGUCUACAGCGCGCAGGUAGAAAGCUUUGAGGAGAGUCUGGAAGACCUGCUGACCAGGGUGGAUGAGUUUGUGGGAAUGUUAGACAUGAUUCGAAGUGAUUCCUCUCAAGUCGUCAAUGAAAGUCUACCUGAAAUUUACACAAAAGCAACAGAGAUGAGACAUAUAUACAGGAAGAUUGACAAACUAGAGGCUUUUGUGAAGAUGGUUGGGAACUGUGUGGCCGAGAUGGAAGAACGGGUCACCAAGGCAGAAACAGACCUUGGCGCUUUUCCAAGCACCUUCAAGAAGAUCUUGCACACAAUCAGCCUGCCGGCCUUCCUCAGUAAAUCAGCUUCACGACAGCAGCAGCCCCUCUAUGAGCCUCCAACCCUCUUCAAGACUGAAGACUAUUUUCCGUGUGUGAAGGAAGGACCUUAUUCAUGAUCUUUGCUGUGGGGUUGACGUCAAUCAGCUGGGAAAGAGAGAGCCAAGUGAACAAAAGCAGCGCCACCAACCUCAGCGGGGCCGCGUUCCUGAGCGCUGCUGCGGUCGGACCAUCAUCGUCUUCCUCCAGGCAGCGGGCACGUUGUGCAUCUCCCUCGUGCGCGUUGUUUCACGUCUUCCUAAGCCACAGUCCCGCUUUGCAGACUGGAUUGGGCAAGGAAUUUAAGAAGGCUUCUGUGUU